UCUUGCGCGCGAGGUUGCUGCGCGAAGGCUCCGCUGCGUUCCUUCCUUUCCUUGUCCGCUGAUGUGUUUCUUCCUCUGCUUUCCAUGCUCUUCCCUUCCCAGUCAAAGGAGAAGCGUUUCCGCACGUUCCGGUUUUGCCUUUAACAGGCCCCUCUUCAGCCCGGCCUGCCUGCGCCCCGGCGAUGAAGGCGAAACGUGCUCAAACCUACGUCCUGUAAAAUAAAUGCUUCGGAACCAUAUCCAGUGGAGUGGGGCCGAGGGGUAUGUGCCACGUGUUACAGCAGGAGUUUAUCCUGACUCCAUCAGCCGUGGUCAGCAGAGCCAGGACUUGGGGACAACCAGAUUCUAGGAAGCUGCGGGCUCCCCGUUUCUGCUUUAGAAUGCAUGUCUGUCUUGCGUUCUCGAUUAAGUCCCAUCGAGUCGUCCUCAACUCUCAGCAACCCCGAAGAGCAGUUCUCCCCCAGAUGAUCCGUCUUCAACUUUCAGGUCUCCCAGUGGUGGACUCCUUGCUGUUGUAAUGUAAUUGAGUCCGUCCACCUUGCUGCUGGUGGUCAUCCUCCAACUCCCCUUGCGUCAUGGACUUCUCAAGAGAGCCGGGUCUGCACAUUGUGUCUCUAAAAUAUAAUAGUUUGAGCAUGGUCAUUUGUGCCUCAAGGGAAAAUUCUGGUUUGAUUCUUGGAAAUAGGCUUUUCUAACUCCCCAUAGGCAUAUGUAGGUCCUCUUUCUUUUCAGCAGACUGACUCUUGACUGCAACACCUAAGUCAGAAUAGCCACUACGUUGUAAAUACUAUGUCUGCAAAUCCUUAUCAACAAGGGAGAGAUUCCAGAGGGGUUUUCACCUCCCAUCCUUGUGGAGUCAUGGAAACAGAACUACUGUUGGCUCCUAUUACAGCUCUGGAGAUUGUGGGAGAUCAUCUUAUAGCAGGAGAAGGACCCAACAUAGCCAUCUAUAUCCUGGAGCCGGGUGCCAGCCCAUCAGCAAGAUGCUCCAGGCAGGUCCUUCAGAACUAUAAUGUCCAUGGUAUUAAGGAGCAGCAGAAAUUGAGUCCUGGAGCUAACAAACCUUCAACCCUGGCUAUCUUUGGAGGCAAAAGCUUUGUGGUUGUAAAACUCAGCUUCCAGGACAGCACAGUGAAACUCAGUGAAGUUUUUCCUUUCUGUGAGCUGCAUGACUGGAUCUGGGACCUGCAGUGGCUGGAGGGCAGGGCUGAGAUGCCCAGCAGUGUGGCUGUGGCCUUGGGACACAAUUCAGUGGCACUGUAUGACUGUGUUGGCCAGAGGAUCCUCCAAGAAGUGCACUGCCAAGAGAAAUGUAUCCUCUAUUCUGCCCACUUGGUAGGGAGCCACUGGGAGACAUUGGUUUUGGUGGCUGGCACAGUCUUUCAUCAGUUGGUGGUCUGGUGUGCAGCUGACCAGACAGAUGACAUAGGAAGGAUAAAGCCCCGCAGCAGGAUCAGCGGGCACAGCGGUGUCAUCUUCAGCAUUUGCUUCUUGGAGAGCAGAGGCAUCCUGGCCUCUGCCUCUGAUGACAGGAGUGUGCGGCUUUGGAGUGUCUGUGACCUCAGAAAGCCACCUGCUCUGGUCCCAUGCUUGCUCGUGUGCUAUGGGCACCAGUCCAGAGUCUGGUCAGUAAGACUGCUACGGGACUACAUCAUCAGCAUUGGAGAGGAUUCCACUUGUCUCGUGUGGAACUACCAAGGCAAGGUUGUCCACAGCUUCAAAGGACACAAGGGCCAAGGGCUGCGGGCAGUGGCUGUGCAUGAGGGGCGAGGCUGGGUGUUCACAGGAGGAGCUGAUUCCGGCAUUAGACACUGGUGCCUCAAGGAAAGAAGCACCAGUGGGAAUAAAUUCUGGCAGCUGAAGUUUCCUUUUCCUGCAAAAAAAGGAUCCCCCAGGGUGGUAAAACUGGUGGGUGUAAAUCAUCUCUUGGUAAUGACUGAUGCUGGGGUUGUCUAUUCCUGUGACUUGGCUUCUGAAGCUUGGACGUUGCUCCUGGAAGAUGCUGCUUAUCAGUCCUACAGUCUCUUAGAAGCGUCCAAGCUUGCCAACGGGGGUAUUCUGUGUGCCAUAGGCAAUUUGUCGGGGCAAGUGAAAGUCUUUCCAGUCAGCAGUCCCACACACAGCAAGGAGUUAAACCUGUAUGAAGGGAAAGUGCACAAUUUGACUUGGGCCACAGCUCCAAAACAGGAUCCCAAUACUUGCAGUCUCUUUGCAUCUGGCCCAGCUGGGGCUCUGCUGUGGCUGGAGGUCUCUUGGCAUCCACUUGGGGGAACCACUGUGGUGGUAAAGCAAUGUUUCCUCCUGCCAGUCUGCAAGCAGCGAUGGCACACCUGCACUGCUUUCCUGCCCCAGGGAGAAUUUCUGCUUUGCGGUGACCGCAGGGGCUCUCUCAUGAUGUUUGCAUGCAAGCCAACUCUGGGACUGGAGAAAGCACGAGCGGGAGACGAACUUGGCAGUUCUGCUUCAGGGUUCAUCUGUAACUUACCUGGAGUUACCUUCCCUAUCGGAAAUGAAGAGCCCCAGGCCGAGAGGCCUGUUUCUCUGCUAUUCGGGCUUCAUGGGAAGCUUGGUGUGACCUCCAUAACCUGCCACAGUGACUUUAUUUACAGCACAGGGAGAGACAGCUGCUACCGCCAGCUGCAAGUGCAGGAUCAGCAGCUCCAUGUGCUGAGGAAGCAGAAGCCAUGGAAAGACUUGGAAUGGCUGGAAGAUCUACGCUUUGGCCCUAAUGGAAGCCUGUGGGUGCUAGGCUUCCAUGCUACUCACUUUGUAGUUUGGAGUGUUAGCAGCAGUGAGAUGCUCCUCUUCAUUCCCUGUGGAGGUGGCCACCGCUCCUGGAGCUAUGCCCAUUGCCUUUCCAUAGAGGCCUUUGCUUAUGUCAAAUCUGGGGAAAUUUGGUUGUACCAAAGUAAAGAAGCCUCCAGUGAGCAUCGAAUCCUGAAAGCAGCUCUCCAUGGCAGGGGGUUGACAUGUGUGUGUCACAUUGGUACCCUGAAAACAUUUGGGCGAGAGAGGGUGAGCAUUUUUGCUACAGGAAGUGAGGACAAUACAGUGAACAUUCUCGCUUUUAAUGUGCAAACUCACACGGUGACCCAGCUCACUGCUAUUGGUGACCAUAUCUCCAGUGUAAGGGCUCUGACUGUGGUCCGGAACGGUGUUACUCAACCUGAGAUGGGAAGGAUCUCCACUAUGCUUUUUUCAGCCGGGGGACGAGCCCAGAUCGAGUGUUAUCGAUUAAUGUUCAGCCCUAAGCAUGAUUCCAGCAGCAGCGUAGCCUGUCAGCUGGUUCAUGUGGCAUCGCAUCGCCUAGAUGAGCACUGGGACCACAAGAAGAAUAAGCACAAACUCCUAAAGAUGGAUCCAGAAACCAGGUACAUGUCUAUGGUGGCGCUGGCUAGGACAGAAGAUCCAGAACUGCCCGGUCCCUUACACUUCCUAGCUGCUGCUUGUAGUGAUGGAUCCGUCCGACUCUUCCUGCUACUUGAGAAUGCCCAGAAGUUGUGUCUUGUGGCAGAAUCCUUUCACCAUCAGCACUGUGUCCUGAAGGUUGAGGCAUUUACCUGUAAGACUGCUAGUGGGAGAAGGAGACACUUUAUGGGCAGUGCGGCCACUGAUGGGAGCAUUGCAUUUUGGGAUGUUACUACUGCCCUCAGCCAUAUUGCAGUGACAGUAAAGGCAGGAAACACACAGAUGAAACCUCUAGCCCUGGAACCCCCAGUCCUGACCAUUCAGGCUCACAGCUGUGGUGUGAACAGUCUCCAUAUCCAGGAAACAGCUGACAGACGCUUUGUAGUGGUCAGUGGCAGUGAUGACGGGUCCAUCUCUGUCCAUGUUAUUGAUGUGAAGGCUGAAAGCCCUGUGGGCCAGGAGACCACAGCCAGGACCGGCAUCCAAGCGGUCAGAAAAGUAUCACGACUUUGUGCUCACGCAGCUCAAGUGACAGGAGUGAGGCUCCUCCACCUGAACUUCCUCCUUUCUGUGUCAGUGGACCAACGCUUGACGCUCUGGAGCCUCUGUGAGGACAGUUUGUCUUUUCUGUGGAGCAAAUUCUGCCACGUGGCUGAUGUGGCCGCUCUGGAGUGUUGGGAAACCGAAGGACACAGCUAUCGUGGUGCGAUAUGUGGUCAGGGGUUGGAGGUCCUUUCCUGGGGGCUGGACGUGCAAGGUAGAGAAAUAAAAGAUGGGAUCUGAAACGGCUUUAUUCCACUGAAAUUCAGAAGACAAAGGAGGACAACAGCAGGCGUCAAAGGAAUUCUGCUCAUAACAUCAUUUGUAGCAGUCAAGGUGAAAGGCAUUGUUAUCCUAAUUCCAUAACCCAUUUUAGAGGGUUUGUGUCUCAGGUGCUAAGAAGGAUAAUGCUCACUGCUGACAGUUCCUCUGCCUCAAACAGAUAAAUUCAUUUGUCUGAUGGA